CAACAAACCCUCAGAGGUGGUAACCCUCACUCACUCAUAAGGGAAAAGGAGCAAGAGCACGAACGCUACCUGGAAAUCUCACUCCGGCUACGGUUCCGGUGAACGUUGAAGCGACCGAAUUUGUGAGUUUCGAUUCUUUAAACAGUCUAGCAGCCAUUUUGUACAAUCUAGGGUUUCUGUCAGUCAAUUUUGGCGCCAGUGAGAGAUAGAGAGUAAUUUCAAUGGGGGACGGCGAUUUGGUGCUUAAGCGAGCUCAUACCGACUUCGGCGACUACGAGGAAGAUGUGAUUGCGGAGAUCCUAGCUAGGCUACCGGUCAAAUCCUUGAUGCGUUUCCGGUGCGUCUGCAAAUCAUGGCGUGCUUUGAUCUCCGAAUCCUAUUUUGUAAAGAAACACUUGAGCUACGGAGAGAGAGGCAUCACCGAGAGCACUCCCAGAUUCAUUUUCAUGUUGGAUCCUCCCUUGUCCUUGGACUUUGAAGCCUUGAUGAAGGAUGAUGAUUGCGAUGGCGCUGCUGGUGGUCAGUCUGCAGUCACUCAGUUGGAUUUUCCGGUACCGAAAACUAUCCCUGAUUACGGUUGGAGAGUUGUUAUUGGCUCUUGCAAUGGCUUGGUAUGUCUAGAAGUUCCCCCCGAGGCCAUUAUGUUAUGGAACCCUGGUACAAGAGACUCCAAGGUUUUGCCAAAACCUCCUUGUGUUAUAAACUCCGGGUUUAACUACCAUUUUUUUGGAUUUGGGUAUGAUUCUGCUAGUGACGACUACAAGGUGAUACGGGGGUUCACUAAUGAUCUUGCUAAGAAAAUCAUGAUUCACAUAUUUUCACUGAAAACAGGUACAUGGAGGGUUCUCAAAGACAUUGAUUAUGUUACAUUUAAAACGUGGCAGGGGUUGUUCUUAAACGGAGCUCUGCAUUGGUUAUAUAAUCUACCUGAAGGGGGCUCAAGAAUUUUGGCUUUUGAUUUAGAGGCAGAGAAAUUUCACAAGACGAUUCCAUUACCCUGUGAUGACUGGUUUUAUGAUCCCUUGAUUCAUAAAAAUUGUCUCUGUGUAGUUGCUUCCCCUACUGGAAACGACAGUUUCAACAUAUGGAUGAUGAAAGAAUAUGGGGUCAAGGAAUCCUGGACUGAAGUUGUACAAUUUUCUGUGGAGAAUUAUGCAGAGGAUUAUUAUGAAUUUAGAAGUUACUGCACGCCUGUGUGCAUUUUAGAGAAUGGUGUAGUUUUGAAUGACAAGAUGGGUGAGUAUGAACACCUCUUGGUAGUAUUAUCUAAUCUGAAGGAGAAGACAUUCAAGCAUGUUGUUGAGGUCGCGAACAGCAUGGAGUUUAUGACAGUCAUUUACCGAGAGACAUUAGUUUCCCCAGACAUCCACACAUACAAAACCAACAUUAUUUGUAGGUGAGCUAGUAGCUCGUUGCUGUAGUUCUCAAGGAAAUAGGGAGGCGAAAGUGCUUUUGUACAAGCAACCUGGUUGUCAUUCAAGGUGGGCAUCAUUUUGAGGGGUGAGAGGUAUCUGUAAUGAGGUGUGUAAUGUUUCUCCUUCACUUGGCAACGAAUUUGGAGAUCCAAAAAGUCAUUUUCUCACGUAGAAGGUGGAUGCGCUGUUGUUUGUAGAUAUUGUACUAAGAAUGAAAUAUCUCGUCCCUGUAAACCUAUUAAGGUUAUUUCUUAUGACUAUCAGAUAUUGAAAUGUUCGCCUGUGACAUCCAA